AUGUUUCAUAUCAAACAACUACAAAGAACGACAUCCAAUUCACCAUCAAAACCUGCAUAUAAUCGUCGUCGAACGUAUGAAGGUUUAGAUGAAGAACCAAUGAUGGAUGUUGAUGAAGCUGAAGAUUAUGACAAUAAUGAAUUUACUGGAUGUGACAACAACAUGAAUUCAACAUCAGGAAUUUCGAAACGAAUGAAACAAUCACCACGAGUAUACAAAUGA